UACGGAGGUUUGCGCCUUCUCUCUCCUCUCCCCCUCCCCCUCCCCCUCCUCCUCCUCCGCCGCCGCUCGCCGUCGCCGGCGGCCUCCAAACCCGAGCAGAAACUCGCGCCAUUGCGGUGGACUGGGAUCUGAGGGGGUAAGCCCCUAGGCGCGCAUGCCUCUCCUCCUCUUCUCCGUCUCCCCCUCGUGCGUGCCACCGCCGCGGCCCCGUCUCCGCCGCCUCUCCCCGCCCCCGCCCAUGGUGGCCGUCGCGCCGCCGACGGUGGGCACGCCCGUGACGAUACUCCCCUCCGUGUCCGUCGGGCUGCCGCCGCUGCCGCCGCUGCCGCCCCCCGCCACCGAUGACUUCCACUGGCUCGACCUCUUCGCGUUCCUCAACUCCCCCGCGGAUUCGUACAGGGCUCCCGUGGAGGAGAUGGAGGCGGGGGUGGAGGAGGAGCUGGAGAGGGAGAUUGAGCUGGAGAGGGGGCGGGAGCGUGAGAGGAAGGCGCGGCAACGGCGGCUGCGGCAGAGGCAGGUGAAGGCGGAGACGGAGGCGUGGGCGCGGGCCGCCGACGAGUACCGGGAGCUCGAGCGGGAGAUGCUCGACCGGAAGCUCGCCCCCGCGCUGCCCUACGUCAAGUCGCUCUUCCUCGGCUGGUUCGAGCCGCUGCGCGAUGCCAUCGCCCGGGACCAGGAGGUGCAGCGGCGGAAGCGGGUCAAGCACGUCUAUGCCAAGUACCUGCUCCUGCUGCCCGCGGACAAGGUGGCCGUCAUCGUCAUGCACAAGAUGAUGGGUCUCCUCAUGUCGAGCAAGGAUGGGGGCGUUAGCGUCCGUGUUGUCCAGGCCGCGCACUGCAUCGGCGAGGCUGUUGAGCGCGAGUUCAAAGUCCAGACAUUCUUUCAGAAGACAAGGAAGAAAAGUGCAAGUAAAACUGAAGGUGAAAAUGAUGAAGCAUUAGAGAAGGAGCAAGCCAAAUGCCGAGAACGUGUUAAGAGUUUGGUUAGGCGGAGAAAGUUGACUGAAGCACAGAAGAUUGUGCAACAGGAGAUUGAAUUGGAAGAAUGGGGGACUGAAGCCCAAGUGAAGUUAGGGACUCGCCUGAUUGAGUUGUUAUUGGAUUCAGCAUUUGUACAGUCACCAGCUGACCAAAAACCGGAGAGUUCUCCUGACAUUCGACCAGCAUUUAAGCACGUACUUCGACAACCUAUAGUAGAAAAUGGGAGACUGAAGAAAAAGCACUGGGUGAUAGAAUGCGACCCUCUUGUGCAUGAGGGGUUUGAAAGCACUGCUAGGCACGUGGAGAUACCCUAUCUUCCUAUGCUGGUGCCUCCUAAAAAAUGGAAGGGCUAUGAUUCAGGUGGGUACCUUUUUCUGCCCUCAUACAUUAUGCGGACACAUGGUGUGAAAGAUCAAAAGGAAGCCAUUAAGAGUGUUCCAAGAAAACAGCUGCGGAAAGUAUUUGAGGCAUUAGAUACUCUUGGGAGUACUAAAUGGAGGGUGAAUAGAAGAGUACAUGAUGCUGUUGAGGCUAUCUGGAGUCGAGGUGGGGGCAUUGCAGGACUGGUUGAUAAGGGAAAUAUUCCUCUACCUGAACGGCCAGAAUCGGAGGAUCCUGACGAAAUACAGAAAUGGAAGUGGGGUUUAAAGAAGGCAAAGAAAACUAAUCGUGAACUGCAUGCCGAGCGAUGUGAUACGGAACUUAAACUCUCUGUUGCUCGAAAAAUGAGAGAGGAGGAUGGAUUUUAUUAUCCCCACAAUCUUGAUUUUCGUGGCCGCGCAUACCCUAUGCAUCCACAUCUGAGCCACCUAGGUUCAGAUCUAUGCAGAGGUGUUCUAGAGUAUGCUGAAGGGCGACCGCUAGGAAAAUCUGGUUUACGCUGGUUAAAGAUUCAUUUGGCUAACAAAUAUGGUGGAGGAAUUGAAAAGCUUUCUCAUGAGGGCAAGGUGGCGUUUGUGGAGAAUCAGUUGCCUGAUAUAUUUGAUUCAGCUACUAAUCCUGUUGAUGGGAAUUGCUGGUGGAUGAAUGCUGAGGAUCCUUUUCAAUGUUUAGCUGCGUGCAUGGAUCUUUCUGAUGCCUUGAAAAGUUCAUCACCUCAUUGUGCUGUUUCUCAUCUACCUAUUCAUCAGGAUGGUUCAUGCAAUGGCUUACAACACUAUGCUGCUCUUGGAAGAGACUAUAUGGGUGCAGUUGCUGUCAAUUUGGUUCCUGGAGAGAAACCUGCAGAUAUCUACUCAGAGAUCGCUACUAGGGUGCUGGAUGUUGUCCGACAAGACUCGAUGAAGGAUCCUGCAACUAAUCCAACUGCUUCAUUAGCAAGGGUUUUAGUUGACCAGGUGGAUAGGAAGCUUGUCAAGCAGACAGUGAUGACAUCAGUUUAUGGUGUCACAUAUAUUGGUGCUCGUCAACAGAUAACAAAGAGACUGCAAGAGAAAGGGCACAUUACAGAUGACAAAUUGCUGUAUGAAGUGUCGUGCUAUGCUACCAGGGUAACUUUGGAUGCAUUAGGACAAAUGUUCCAGUCUGCCCGUGGUAUAAUGGCAUGGCUUGGUGAUUGUGCAAAGAUGAUUGCUUCAGAAAAUCAACCAGUCAAAUGGACGAGUCCUGUUGGUCUUCCAGUUGUUCAGCCCUACAAGAAAUAUAAGAACUACAUGAUUCGAACAUCACUGCAAUGCUUGGCUUUACGACGAGAGGGAGAUGCCAUUGCACUACAGCGGCAAAAGGCAGCUUUCCCCCCAAAUUUUGUGCACUCUCUUGAUAGUUCACACAUGAUGAUGACUGCAAUUGCAUGCAAAAAGGCUGGUCUUCAUUUUGCAGGGGUACAUGACUCAUUUUGGGUGCAUGCGUGUGAUGUUGAUAAAAUGAAUCAUAUACUGAGGGAACAAUUUGUCGAGCUUUACAGCAUGCCAAUUCUUCAAAAUUUGCUCAAGGAGUUCCAGACAUCAUUCCCAACACUAGAAUUUCCUCCCUGUCCUUCACAAGGGGACUUCGAUGUGAGAGAAGUUCUUGCUUCGACCUACUUCUUCAACUAAAAUUAACAAGAAAGUUCUGCGCAUGCAGCAAGUCAGUAAGUUUGGUGUGGUGGUGUAGCUGAAUAGCCAGCCAUUUGGCACCAUGAUGAUAUGGAGCCAAGUAUGAAAUGCCAUGAUGAACUGAAUCCUCCAAGGGCAUUGGCAUAAGCAGCAAACACACCAUUGCAACUAGCUGGAAGCUUGGAAUAGUAUAUGUAUGGGUUUUUGUCAUAGGCGAAUCAAGUCCCUAGAUUGCAAAUUUUGUAGGAAGCUAAAUAAUUCCAAGAAACCUGAGCUGCUGAACAAACCUCAGUACUUCCUGCUGAUGUUUUUAGGUUCAUGCAGGAUCUACAAGGAUUUCAGUACAUUCGGCAUGCUAUACCCAGCCUCUGAACCAGAGAAGGCGAUUUUGCUACAUAACAGGUUAUCAACUACAGAAUACCGAUCGAUACUAGUCCUGCUGACCACCCUGACCAAUUUUGAUCAUAGACGACAGUUGAAUCAUAAUUUCACUGUCUAUACCUGUAACAUUAUCUUUUGGCCUCGUAGGAUUUUAUUAUAGCCGAUUGCUGUAUCAGUACAUUAACCCUGUAAUAAUGUGUAGUAGAAUACAAGUGCCAAACUGAAAUGUAUAAUAUACAAGAUUGAUGGAUGCUGCUGACACCAAAGCAACCUGAAAGAGAAAUGUACAUCAAAAGUUGAAAACGGCUCGACUUC